UAGGUUUCACCGGUGGGAGGCGCCUGAUUUGAAUUUUGUCUCAGGUGAGAUGCAUAAAACAGGUAAGAUGAGAGUCGACGCCACUUCUGCUUCGUUUGUCAUCAGCUUUGAGGUUUUCACAGCAGUGUAAAAUGGGUUCCAAACUUGAGAGUGCAAUGGAGGGGCUAAUUCAAGUGUUCUACUCAUACUCCUCAAAAGAAGGGGACAAGUACAAGCUGAGCAAAGUUGAGCUGAAGAAUCUAUUGCAGGGUGAACUGAGUGAAUUCCUGGCGGCAUGCAAGGACCCUAUGGUAGUAGAGAAGAUCAUGAGUGAUCUGGAUGAAAACAAAGAUGGCGAAGUGGACUUUCAGGAGUUUGUCGUCUUGGUUGUUGCGCUGACGGUGGCCUGUAACAAGUUCUUUGUAGAGGGCCUGAAUGAAUGAAUGAGUUGUUGGGGGGGGGGGGG